AGAAGAAGAGGGAAAAUAUAUAUACACAAAUGUAGAAACCCUAGCUAGAAUACUCUCUUUCUCUCUCUUUCAAUAUACUUUUCCCUCCAGACUGUGGUUUCCUCCAUGAAAUGGGAAAUGGAGGUGUAUGAAAUCGAAGCUGUUCUCGAGAAAAUAUGGGAUUUACAUGAUAAACUUAGCGAUGCUAUUCACUCUGUUUCUCGAGCUCAAUUCCUCAAUUCCGUCAAAUCUCGCUCUAAGUCCGAUGACUUUUACGGUCACCGUUCUAACAAGAGAAAUGAUAACAAUGGAAAUCAGGUAAAGCAUGGUUACGUUUUCGUUAAGGAGUUUCCUGUUGAUGAGGAUGAAUCCGCUGUUCAUGAGGCUAAGAGUCUCAAUGCUAUCCGGACCGCACUUGAACACCUUGAGGACCAGCUCGAGUUCUUCCAUACCGUGCAGAAUCAGCAACGUGCAGAAAGGGAUGCUGCACUUGCUCGCUUAGAGCAAAGCCGAAUUGUACUUGCUAUGCGAUUGGCUGAACAUCCGGGUAAGAAGUAUAAAUUCAUUGAAGAAGCUCAAUCUUUGGUGGGAGAUGUUCGUAAUGCCAGUCAAUUUGUUUCUCCUGAAAAUCAGUAUGGUCCUGCUACAAGCGCCACAGGUGAAAAUUUAACGACGCAGAUAAAGAAGAGAUCAAAUGCUCUACUCAAUAUAUUCUUUUCUAGUUUUGAUUUCUUUAGGAAGUCUUUUAGAGUGGAUGAAGUUGGUGGAAUUUUGGGGAAUGCAGCGUUGGUUGCAAUCAGCAUGCUUGCAGUGAUGCAUCUGCAGCAAGUUGGUAGCAAGGAAAAAUACCUUUUGGACCUCCCGUUAGGACAAGACGUUGACUACAGCAGAAAUAUUAGAAAAAUCUCUCAGCCCGAGGGGUCAUCAUCCAGCCUAAAUUUGGAUGUGUUGUCAGCCAGGGGCUAACACAUAAAAUGGUGAGGAUUGGGGAGAAAGAGGAUAUUAUGUUGUGUCCAGCCAAAUUUUACUGAGGUGGGAGAACCAAGUUUCUUAUAGUAGACGGUAGUAAAGAAGGGAACCAUAUUUUUGCUAUCUAUAAAUGUUGUAAAGAGCUACAUCUCCCUUUCUUUGGAACAUGUGACAGAUUUUAUACUAUAGUCUAUGUGCAUGUGUCAGUGUGAAGUUCAAAAAAAUUUGAUUACCUGUUGCCGAUGACCAAGUCAUUCUUCAUCUAAAGGUAAUAUGCAGAA